AUGCAUGAUAUUCGUUAUGGUCCUAACAAUGAAGUCAUUGACGAAGUCGUUGAGGAAGAACUUGCUUUUUCUUCAAGUCACGUGACACCACCGAAAAAAAAAAUAAGAAUAAAAAAGAAGAAAGGAAAUAAGAUGGUUCAAUCUACUAGUACGGAUAAGGAAACUUUAGAUUCCACUGAAGAACCAAUGAGAAUUGAUGAUGAAAUUUCAGAAAUCAAUAGAUUAUCAAAUUACACAAUCGGAUGCACAAACGCCUAUACCGCAGACAGCGCAUUCGGCACAAAAUUUAACCGUCAUACUCCUACCGGUGAUGGUACAUCGCGAGUCAAGUCAGAGACAUUUUGGUGUAUGAUGUCCCGUUCGAAGUCAAUGAAAAUCCUGCUGGACAACAGAUUUAGGGGGAUACCAGUAAGAUGGUUCCAGCAAGGUGGACUCAAAGAAAGAAAACAACGUGAGAAGUUCCAAGCUAUGAUUCUGGAAGAUAUGCAAACCGCAUUAAAUAAUCAAUUUGAUUGGGAGCUGCAGCACCUGUCUUGGAAUUCUUGGAAUCGACAUGAUCCUCCGAAGCAAACUAAUAAAACUAAUAUGUCACGUGGUGGUAACGCUACAAGACAAAAAAUUUUUCAAGAAGUCAAUCGACCAAGAAACAAAAGGAUCACAAAAAGGAUUCUAAGAAGAAACCGUAAGAAAUCCAAGAGGCCUCAGUCGCAAGAUAAGAAGAAGGAUAAGUCUCGUAAAGCCCUAUAA